AUGGACUCAUCGUCAGCCACCGCUGCUGGCCCUUCUAGCUCACCCGACUUUCGCGCUGUGUCUGUUGGGACCAGCAAUGCCACGCUCAACCAUUCUCAAGCCGCUCGACAACGCCCGCCCCGAUCCCUUCCUCCCUGGAUCGACUCCUACGAAUCCGAAAAUGGACCCUUGACCGAUGACCAGAUGCGGCUCCUCCGGCCGCCGCAGCGAUCCGUUCUACCUCAACAUAAUUACGACCCAAGCGAAACAGAGCGCAGGAUAUCCAAAGAUGGUUUCGUCGACUGGGCGCAGGACCCUCUAUCUCUACAGCGCAGCCCACCGAACAGGCGGUUGACGGUCCAGAAGCUGCUCAGGGGCCGCAGAGGUCAACAGGGCAGGAAGUGGGAUCAUCUGCGCUCUGCUGAACCUGUCGUCGUAGCUGCCUAUGCGCCGCCAGCACCGGGAAAUACAGGUGGCGCAGCCGCCGUCUGGAGACACUACGUCCAGUCUACAGUAUACGGGCGUGCCCCGGGAGAGGACUCUGAGGUUGUCGAUCCGGAAAUGCUGGAUAAGCUGCAGCCUGACUUCAACCGGCCGUUUGACAACCCCCUUCACCCACACGAAAGCCGGUCUUCGAGAAGGAGGAAACGCACGCGAACGGUGGGCGAAAGAAUCUGGCGGGCGAUUCUACGUCAUCCUCUCGUGCCGCUCGUGUUUCGACUGACGGUCAUGAUUACUUCAUUAAUGUCGCUGGCCAUUGCCACGCGAAUCUUCGUUCACGAGAACGCGCAGGACAGAAGCAGCGCGGAGCGUACGCAGAGCGUCGUCGCCAUCGCCGUGGACACCGUCGCAGUUCCAUACAUCGCUUACAUGCUGUGGGAUGAGUACACGGGCAAGCCACUCGGUCUCCGACCCGCCACGCAAAAGAUCGCGUUGAUCUUACUGGACCUCUUCUUCAUUAUAUUCAAAUCAGUGAGCACGGCACUGGCGUUCGAGAGCCUGGUCUAUCACAAUGAUCGGGGGGACGCGAAGGUGGCCCAGCUCUCCAAGGCGCUGUCGGCUUUUGUGUUCGUGGGGCUCGUAUCGUGGACAUUCAACUUCAUGGUGAAUAUUUUCAGGACGGUGGCAAGGUUGGGAACGAACGAGGGGUGA